UAAACAAAUAAUAAUCGCAACGCAAUCUAUCUCUCCCAUCCGCGUCCUUCCCACCACCACCACCACCAGUCCACUCCCUCCCUCCAAGCCUCGCCGGAAACCACCGCCCCGCCGGUGGCUCCGCCUCCCUCUCCGGUCACCGAUGGCGGCCUUGGUUCCGGUCCUCUCCCCGGCUCCGUCCGCUGCUCCGUCGAGGAUCCGCGCCUCGAUUCCUCACUCCGCGAGGCCGAAUUCCGCCUCUCCUCCUCCUCCUUCUUUUGCUUCUGCUGCUGCUGCUGCUUCUUGCUCGCCGUCCUGCUCGUGUUCCGUUUCGGCUUCCGUACGCAGGUGGGGGCGGCGGAGGGCGCUCGGCAAUGGCGGCUUGUCCGCGCGCGCGUGCUCGACCUCGUUUUUCAUCGGGAGAGUCGGGCUGCAGAAGCGAGAAGGCAAUGUCUCGCUGCUCUCUUUCGGGAACAAGCAGCAGGUGAUCUCCGAAGCCGACGGGACCGAUUCGUCUCAGGUCUUGUCCGCGAUGCUUCCGUUCGUCGUCGCCGCCACGGCGGUCGCCGCUCUUGCUCAGCCGGCGACUUUCACUUGGGUAUCCAAGGAGUUGUACGCCCCCGCUCUUGGCGGAAUCAUGUUGUCGAUAGGAAUCAGGCUCUCGAUCGAUGAUUUUGCUCUUGUUUUUAAAAGACCUUUACCACUAUCUAUCGGGUUCGUCGCUCAGUAUGUUCUGAAACCGGUCCUCGGGGUGUUAGUUGCCCAGGCAUUUGGGAUGUCUCACAUGUUUUAUGCUGGUUUUGUCCUCACAGCUUGUGUAGCGGGGGCUCAGCUAUCUAGCUAUGCGAGUUUCUUGAGUAAGGGCGAUGUGGCCUUGAGCAUUCUGCUCACCAGCUGCACCACCAUUGCAUCGGUUCUUGUUACACCUAUCUUAACUGGCCUUCUGAUUGGAUCAGUUGUACCAGUUGAUGCGGUUGCCAUGUCCAAGUCAAUAUUGCAGGUUGUUCUUGUCCCUGUAACUCUUGGCCUGCUGCUCAACACGUACGCAAAACCGGUCGUUUCUAUUCUUCAACCAGUGAUGCCGUUAGUUGCUAUGGUUUGCACUUCAUUGUGUAUUGGGAGCCCUCUAGCAAUUAACCGGAGCCAGAUUUUGUCUAGAGAGGGUUUGCACCUGGUUCUUCCAGUGUUGACAUUCCAUGCGGUGGCUUUCACUUUAGGAUACUGGAUCUCCAAACUUCCAGCUCUGGGGCAAGAAGAAGAAGUCGGGCGGACAAUAUCUUUAUGCACAGGAAUGCAGAGUUCCACUCUCGCCGGCCUUCUUGCAUCCCAGUUUCUUGGCAGCAGUCAGGCCGUCCCACCGGCAUGUUCAGUAGUUGCCAUGGCUAUCAUGGGACUGUGCCUUGCCUCUUUCUGGGGCCGUGGUUCACGGAUUAGGGACCUACCAUCAUUAGUUGAUCCACGAGUUGGUUCUUCCGUGGAGUUGCAAUAAUAGCAGAAAAAAAAUCUUGCGAAGAUCAUAUCAGCAUAUCUGGCACAGUGCAACUUGGUGAAGAUACUGAUGGGUCACGGCCUGGAAAUAUGUAAUUAACAUGAGGAAUGCCAAAGAUGUGCCUGUACCUUCUUGAGUGUACCGAGUUCAGGUGCAAAUACUUUGUACAGCUCAGCAACCAAUAGCUAGCAAAGAGAGUUAUAGAUUUAGAGGAGGAUGAUUUUGUCAACAUGCACGUUGGGAUUACUUGUUAUACACAGGAGGUAUGCAUCUCGUUAAAUCGAGCACAUGCCGGCGGAGCUCAAUAUAGCCUCUCUCUCUCUCAAACUUUUCUUGUUAUAGGAGUGAUUGACUCCAAGGUGGGUAGGUUCUAGACUUCAAACUUGAAACCUACCUUGUUAGAAUCGAUUUUCAAUAUUUGGAACUUGAAAUCUACUCUGCUUGUCCCAGAACCAACUUUCUUUGUCUAAUACAGUUCUGAGGUGUACCUGGAAACUGGUUUCUUUU